CAGCAGUGGAUUCUUCUUCACUCUUGUGACAAAUUACGCGCGUGUUAAUCCGCGGUGACGUGGGUCUCCUUGGUGAACUUGCAUCGUGGACACUGUGCGUGCGCCCAUUCCAACUUGAACAAAGUAUAGGGGAACAGUUCCCUUGCAAUUGUCCCGGCAGGUGGCAGCUGCCGCAGACCUCCAUCCGACCCCCGCGGACGUGGAUCCAGCAGCCGUGCGAUGUCCUCCGCGCACCCGCAGCAUCAUCCGCAAGGUCUGGCCAUGGGAGGACCAUGAGCACAUCGUUGCCGAAAAGCGAAUCCGCCACAUCCCUGCUCAGGUCCACGGGUCUCCAGCGUAGAAGCUCGCAGUCCGAACGCGGUCCGCGCGGCCGGAACCAACGCGGUCAGAAAGGAGCCGACGCCGGCCGGAUGGAGGAAGCGAGCGCGAGGAGACCUUUGUGCCGCCCCGGGCACGCGGAGAAGGGCGCCGAGGACGUCAAGCGCAAGACGCGCCCCAAAUCCGGCAGGUCCAAGCAGUCCGCGGGGCUCGCCAAGGGAUCCCCGGGUGGGGGUAAAGAAAAGCGGGAUGACGCCGACUUCUUUUUCGAGACCAGCGGGAAGAGGGUGAGCGGUUCUGCCUCCAGCCUGAGCUCGGACGCCGCCGCCCCUGUCGCCGCUGCGGCCCCGGCUACGAGACGGCCCGCUUCCGGCCGGAGGUCCAAAAGGCUCAGCACCGUUUCGGACUAUGACGCGAGUUUGCACCCCAUCGUCAAGUCUGUCUUUGGACAAGACCGAGAGCUGCGGCCAGAAGAAAUGGAUGAGUUGCGUGAGGCGUUCAAGGAGUUCGACAAGGACAAAGACGGCUUCAUAGGCUGCAAAGAUUUGGGCAACUGCAUGAGGACGAUGGGAUACAUGCCCACGGAGAUGGAGCUGAUCGAACUUAGCCAGCAGAUCAACAUGAAUUUGGGCGGACAUGUCGACUUUGAAGACUUUGUUGAGCUCAUGGGGCCUAAACUUCUAGCUGAGACGGCUGACAUGAUUGGGGUGAAGGAGCUACGUGAUGCCUUCAAGGAGUUUGACACCAACGGCGACGGUCAAAUAAGCACAGCAGAACUCAGAGAAGCAAUGAAGAAACUUUUAGGACAGCAGGUAGUGGGUCACAGAGAUCUGGAAGAUAUUUUACGUGACAUAGAUCUCAAUGGAGAUGGACAUGUGGAUUUUGAAGAAUUUGUGCGGAUGAUGUCUCGAUGAUUUAAGACUGCACUGAGUGAAAAAUCAUAUCGAGCCCGCCCCGAAACUGCAACGCUGGAGCACAACUGGCAAGCGGUCGACACUGACGGCUGUAUUCUCCUGCGGUGUCUUUGAACACAUACUAUUUGGUUGGACCAGAAACCAUUUUUAAUACUUUAAAAACAUAAGCACAAUUUCCUCUAGUAUGGUCGGUGCUAACGUGCUUGUUGAGAAAAUUAAUAUGACGGUACCAUUUAAUAUGUAGCGAUUUAGACGAUGUCAUCCCUAUGAGAGCAUACGAACUCCCUCGGCUGCUGGUAAAAAAAACAUGGAGGCUAUCUCAGGGGUAUUUUUCUUAACAGGUUAUACGUCCACUCCCGGAGUGGUACGGAAGACAUGCUAGCAUAGAGGAGAGAAAUCUCAUUGGGUAAAGUUUGAAAGUAAAAGCACUAACAUGGCAAUACGGACAUAUUUGCGUCUUGUCGAAGAAUUAUCAUUGUGGGUUUUUUGUGCAUAUUGUAUUGUCAUUGUACACACUUCACUGUAAGUUUGCUGUGUAGUGAAAUGCCAUGUAGCAGCAAGUUAGUUCUAUGGGUUUGAUAAUGUCCUCAUAUUGUGGAAUCUGUGUCUUUUUUUGUAUACACCAAGAUCUCCUGAUGCAAAUACUUACUUAAAACCUCUACUUACGAAAUUAACGUAAUUUUCAGACUAUAAGCCGCUAUUUUUUUCCCUUUAUUUAGAAUCCUGCAAUUUGCAGCUUACAUGUUGAUUUAUUUGGGUUAAUAGGUAGCACUUUAUUUGACAGCGCCGUCAUAAGACUGCCAUAAGACCGUCCUAAUUAUGACAUGACACUAUCAUGGUCAUUAAUGAAUACUUAUGACAGAUGUCAUUAAGUGUCAUCCGGCAAAUUACGUCAUUAACUCCAUUUAUGUCCAGCUCGGUUAUUUUACAUCCAUUUAAAACUGAGAUACCGUAUUGCCCGAAUACAAGACGGUGUUUUUUGCAUUGAAAUAAGUCUUAAAAAGAGGGGGUCGUCUUGUAUUCGCGGUCUAAACAUGAUACCCAUUCACGACGCUAGAUGGCGCCAGAUAUCAUUGAAGCGAUGUUCUGUCAUGACAGAUCUCAGCUGCUCUCAAGUUUAACCAGUUUGCAUUAUUUUAUUGCAAUGUUUUUCCUUAUUCAGAUUUGUUUCAAGACUACAGUUACAGACUCCAUUUUGAUGGUUAAUGCAGUUAUUGCAAUUUUGUUGUUUUAUCACAAUAGAUUGGUUUAUUUACAUUUCAAAAACCAGGCCAUUCAUUAACGAAUGUGAUUGCACUUUAGUUUACUUAUUUAAAUGUUCAGAUAUUAAGAUUUGAAUGAGGCAAAAUAACAUGCUUUUUCUCUCAAAUAUAUUGUUAUAAUCAUUUGUUUCGGAUGGACUGUAGUUAUUUUCUGUAUAAAAAUUCAUUUGUUGUUCAAAAAGUCUUUUUUCAAACUUGAGUCUUGAAAAAGAGGGGGUCGUCUUAUAAUCAGGGCCGUCUUAUAUUCGGGCCAAUACGGUAAUUUGGCGGAUGACACAAAAUGACAUCUGUCAUCAUCGUUCAUUAAUGUUAAUGGCAGUGUCAUGUCAUAAUUAUGAUGGUGUAAUGACAGUCUUAUAGCACCACUGUCAAAUGUGUUCCAAAAUACCAGAACUAGCAAUCAAUGAAACGUCUGUAACAGUAUCUGAAGAAAUAAUUGGUACAGAGCAGAAUUUUGAUUGUUAUUUAUAUCUGUAGCGCUGCAGUGCAUGCUAGGAGGCAUGUUAGACAACAACAGUGUUGACAGGGAAGGUUGACUGUCUCCACCAAGUGAGCAAAUGAAGCUUUUUGAAACAAUGAUCAUAGUAUCCAGUCAUUGUGGUUCAUUUGGUCUUAUGACGGUCGUAUGAUGCUGUCAAAUAAAGUGUUAGCAAUUAAUAUAUUUUGAUGUAAAUAUCCCAUAAUGCAGUGAGGACAGCUGUGGCUUAUAGUCAGGUGCGCCUUAUAGUCCGAAAAUUACGGUAAUUGGUUCUGGAAGUAGUCUCGUAAACUGAAAAUUCCAUAAGUAGAGACGCAUUUUCCAUGUAAAUGCCCUAAUCCUUACAUUUUAAUACUUUAAAAUGUGUCAAUGCAUGUAACAAAUAUAAGUUACAGUUGGAUUGUUGCACAAUAAACAUAAAAUGAGUUUUGCAUAAUGUAAAAAACAAAGAAUAGGGUAAAGAAUAAAAGUUCAUUGACUCACUAACACUGUCAGAACAUAAUAUGAUGCUGGAAUACAUACGUACAGUACACAUACAGUAGGGGUCCCUCUUAGCCAAUUGGAUGCCUAGGCAGCUAUAAGUAUGUUACAUUCAGUAAACUCUGGGAGCUGCAAGUAGCAGCCCAUACUGUAUUUUUGCUUCUUGUAUCCUGAAUUUCAUUUCCUAACAAGAAGCAAUAUUUUCCCUUUGUGGCGUGUCGUAACAUAAAAAUUCUGUUUUUACAGACAAUCGUAAGUAGAGGUACCACUGUAUUCUAAACGGAGGUUCCAUAGUUUAUUUAUUUAUAUUUAAAAAAACAAAAACACAAAAAAAAUUGAACAGGGUGUAGACUUUCUAUAUAAACUGUAUUUACAGUUGAGGGACAUUUUAAACAUUCCGUACUGAUUCUAAAUAUCAUUGUGCAUGUGCAUUUUCCUUUUAUGGCAUUAAUUCCCAAAGGCACGUCAUGGAGUUAAUGAAAGAUUGAUUUAUUGUAGUUGUCUGUGUCCCUGAAUGCAUUGAAUGAAUUUUAAUACCUCAAAAUACACACAUGGACAAAACGUUGGUAAAUCCCAUAAAUGUCACAAAAACAAAUUGGUCCUUGGACAGGAUAAUCACACAAAACACACUUUGGUUUUUCUUUUUUAUUGUUUAAAUCAUAAAAUAAAGCAAUGUUUGGAUCUAGUAAGUAUGUAUUACAGUGAACCCUCCCACUUCGCGGUUAACGGAGUCUGAGCAUCCCGCGAUGUGGACUAUCCUUCAAAUUUCAGUGUAUUUGUACAUGCAAGCGUGUACGCAAAAUCAACAGAACGUACACUCACUUUGACGAUCUCUCUUCAGUGCGUGACUGACGAAGGUCUCGAUGAAUUUGACUUUUUCGGCAAUUGUCAUCAUUUUGCAGUGGUGGAUGAAGUACUCACUUUUUUUGUUUAACUAAAAGUACAGAUAGAGGUGCAAAAAAUUACAUAAGUAAAAGUACAAGUAUUUAGCAAAAAUUUUACUCGAGUAAAAGUACAAAAGAACUUGCUUUAAAAUUCACUUUACAAGUAAAAAGUACAAGUAUUUUUCUCCCAUUACAAAAAAUGUAACAAAUGUAUAUGGCUGAAAACACUCAGGUGACUUGAAGUUCCACUCUGAGACCCCCAAUUUGGCCAAAUAUCAGAAUUGUCCGAUAUGCAUGUGUGAUACAUCAUUGGAAAGCUUAAAAUCUCUAUUUUCUGGAAGAAGAAACAUUUUGAACAGGAGGGCAUUUUGGGGGUUUUUUUGUUAUUUUUUUACAAACAGCAAAACCCUAUCUGGAGGUGAGAGCACGCGAGAGCAGAAUUACAGACGCCAUGACUUUAACGAGAUAUUAUCGUGUACUUACCUUGUUUCAAUCCAAAAACUCCAUGUAGCAUAUAUCACUGAGUGUCAAGACACAGCUGUGAAUGGCUACAGCUGGAUUUUUGGGGGAUUUCACGGGUGUAACAUGGUAAAAUAACAAGGGUCGCGAUGCAGAAAUCGCAGACAUCAAGGAGUGGUCGAGAUUUUCUUUUUCAUAUAUUUACCUUUUUAAAUGUUUUUUUUUUUUCAAUUUUUCUUUGUUUGGAUCGAUUAUUCAUCAUCUAACAUAUCGGAAAAAAAUGCGACAGAAACAAAAAAAAUGCAAUUAAGCGAUAGUUACGAGGUCAAUAUCUGUGACUUUUUUACAGACACCAUUUUUUUCAUUGGGACGUAAUUUGUUUAAAAGUUUAAAAUAUGCGAGUGAAUAAUUUUUUAAAGUCGUUUUAUUAUUUAAACGAAAUAUUAGACAUCAAUUAAUGAUUCUAAGCUAAAAAUAACAGACAUUUUGAAUAAUAUGACUAAUUACCUUUGUUUUAAGGCUGGGUUGAAACAAAAGCGGUUGCUCGACGUCUGUAAACGGGGGUUUUCAGGGUAAAGUGGGCAAAUUAAAAAUAGUUUGGGGGCUUAAUGCGCCAUGAAUCUGCUAUGGCAGCAUAUAGACAUUUUAUUCUAUCAAACACAACAGUUGUUUUGGCUUAAAAUACAGCAGUUUCUUAUAAAGAGGAGUGCAAGAGAAGAAACUGCUAUUUCAGUCUUGUCUGUUUUCCGCCAUAUACAGUGAUACAAACUCCAUGUAGCAUGUAUCACCGAGUGUCAAGACACAACUGUGAAUGGCCACAGCUGGAUUUUUUUUUUAUUUUAUGGGUUAAACGUGAUAUAACAUGGGUCACGAUGCAGAAAUCGCAGACAACAAGGAGUGGUUGAGAUUUUCUUUUUCAUAUAGUUACCCAUUUAAACGUUAUUUUUCAAAUUUUUUUUUUUGUUUGGAUCGAUUAUUUAUCAUCUAACAUAUCGGGGAAAAUACGACAGUAACAAAAAAAAAAUACAAUUAAGCGAUAGUUAUGAGGUAAAUAUCCGUGACUUGUUUACAGACGCCAUUUUUUUCUUGUGACGUAAUUUGUUUAAGUUUAAAAUAUGCGAGUAAUUUUUUAAAGUCUUUUUUUUUUUUUUAACGAAAUAUUAGACAUCAAUGAUUCUAAGCUAAAAAUAACAGACAUUUUGAAUAAUAAAUAUAAUUAGUUAACUGCGUUUUAUGACUGGGUUGGAAAAAAAGCGGUUGCGCGACGUCUGUAAACGGGGGUUUUCAGGCUAAAACGGGCAAAUUAAAAAUAGUUUGGGGGCUUAAUGCGCGAUGAUUCUGCUAUGGCAGCAUUUAGACAUAUUGUUCUAUCAAACACAACAGUUGUUUUGGCUUAAAAUACAGCAGUUUCUUUUAAAGAGGAGUAUAAGAGCAGAAACUGCUUUUUUAGUCUUUUCUGUGUUUUCCGCCAUAUGUUUUUGUACAUUCAACAUCAUUUGGGAGGGUCUUAGCUUUCAUAUGGGCCGUUUCUGAAGCCAAUUGAAUAAUUAAAAGUCAGGUUAUUAGCAAUUGUUUCUACAAAAUGGAUAAGCGACAAGAUUUUUGUCAGGGACUGUACAACCAUUUCGACUUGAAAACACGGUCCUGGAACGAAUUAACAUAUAUACAGUGGGGAGAACAAGUAUUUGAUACACUGCCAAUGGGAAACCCAUUGGCAGUGUAUCAAAUACUUGUUCUCCCCACUGUAUAUAAAACUGUUUUUUUUUUUUAAAAAUAUACAUACAUACAUAGAUCUGAAUUAACAUACAGAGAUAGAACCAGAAAUUUCGAUGACUGCUCAGUUUUAUUUAAAACUGUGCAGAAUCGGAAAAAAAAAAAAACAAGCUAUGGAAUUGAAGGCACUAUAAACAGAAGCUUAACAAGCUCAAAAACUCCAAUGCCUUAGUCAAUGUCAGAUUGCAAGCAACUAUCAGAUGCAUACCGCCACCUACUGUACAAGAGUGUGAAGAACCCAUCUGAAGGUGCGGUGCUCUCACUGUUGGUUUUUAUUUCAUUAUCUUGUUCACCUGCCUAAUCUUGCUUGUACUCGUGUUGCUGCCUCUAGUGCUCGAUUACGGUAUAGUUGCACGGGGACUCUUUGAUUGUCCCAGAGGCAUGAAAAAGAAACUAUCGAUUCACAAUGAGCAAAAAAGAAAAAGUAACGCGUAACGCGGGUGACAGUUGGAAAAGUAGUAGGGUAAUAAGUACAGAUACAGUGGGGAGAACAAGUAUUUGAUACACUGUCAAUGGGAAAACCCAUUGGCAGUGUAUCAAAUACUUGUUCUCCCCACUGUAAGUGCUUUGAAAUGUAAUGAAGUAACAGUAAAAAGCACCACUUCAUAUUUGUACUCAAGUAAAGUACAGAUACACAAAAAUGUACCUAAGUACAGUAACGAAUUACUUUAACUUCGUUACAUUCCACCACUGCCAUUUUGCGACACAGUUUCGGUUCUCCAGCAGCACUUGGCGAUGGUCGGCGGUGUUUGGGACCCAUUAUAACUAAAUAACGGUACUACAUCACUAAAAUAAGCUAGCGAUAGUGUAGUGUCAUUGUUAAACUCAGCUUUGUCUCACAAGUGCAAGAUAAGGGAGAUGCAGGGGAGCGUGUCAGCCAAUCAGCGUGUAGACCACCAACGUCGUAGCAGCCAAUCGCGGGCCUCGAUUUUCGUUCAUGGAGCGUUCGGUGUAGGCUCUUGUUGCUGCCUGAGAUUCGUUCUUGAUGCAAUGUGUUUCGCUUCAGCCCCGUGCGCUUCGUUUAAAUUUUUUAAGAAUAUUUUUUUUUCGAUGAAUAUUUUUAAAACCUUCUCGAUUGCUGAGACCCUGAAGUUGGAGGGUUCACUUUUUCUUUCUUGACAAACUUCAUUUAAAAAAAAAAAAUGUAACCUCUACCGUGCACUCAUUUACUAACUCAUCAACUGCCAUCGACGGCGCGAGACGGCCAUGCAAUGACUUAAAUUCCAUGAAAAAUUUUGUCCAUGUAUGUAAUUUGGACAACUCACGCGUCAAGUUCGCUAUAAUCUGUUAUUUAAACGACGUGUUCUCUACAUAUCGACAAAAGAAACUAUUCGUUUCUUUAUGCACAAAAGCCAAAGAAAGUUAAUGAAACUAUAAUUUGACAAGGUA